CGCGCAGACACUGACUACAAGGUACUACUAUACACUACUUGAUACUCUGGCAACCGGAGUGUCCGUUGCUGCGGUAAACACUCUUUCUGCCACCGCCUCGUUCGCCGUGCCCGUGUAGUGCGUUGCCGGGGCACAGUGCAACGGUCCGACGUGAACGCGACUGACCGGUUUCCCCAUCGUGUGUGCGUGCCGAGUAGAGGUAGAUUAGGUCGCUGCCGACAAGUGUAAAACGCGCGUGGCUCGACAUAUCAUACUCGAACCGUUUAUAUUUUGUUUGUUCGUUUUUUGGUUUUUUUUUUUGAAAAACAGUGUUCACGCCCAGGAGCAGCUACCCCCGCCCCCGCCCCCCCCCGGCGAUAAUCACUUCAGGUAGUUCACCUAGAUAGAUCACCAUGCAUUACAAACACCAGAUUGUCGUCUUGGCGGUUGCCGGAUGCUUUCUGGCAGCGUGCGGGUACGAGGCAGGAGCCCCGGCUCUGACGUGCCGCACCAUGGUGCCCGGCCACGGGGAGGCUGCCCAAAAUUCUCCUGCUCCUUACCGGGUUAUACCUUCGGAAAACGUCACCUCUUCCAGAAUCAGAGUGACCCUGACCGCGCCCAAACCUAACGACUACUUUGUCGGGUUCCUAUUACAAGCGCGCGCUCCUGGCGGAGGCGACAACGCCAUCGGAUCAUUCGUCCAGGUGCCACAAGACUCGCAGACUCUCGACUGCAACGACGUACCCGGCUCUGGAGUGACGCACGGGAGCAAUACGAAAAAAAAAUCUGUAGAAUUCGACUGGGAAGCGCCAAAUAAUUUCGACGGACAAGUCAAUUUCUUGGCCACUGUCGUUUUUGACUAUGCGACGUUCUGGACAGGAGUUAUCUCGAAUCCUGUUCAAGUUCGAGGAUCGAGACAAGCGCCGUCGUUGGGAGGUCAGCGACAGCAAAACGCUAGAGGAGUUAAAGAAAUCGAAACGAACAUUUACAACGAAUGCGGAACAAGUAAGAACUGCGUAAGCUCUCCUCCCGGUUGUUUGCAGGCUGCCAACUGCCGGGCUGUGGUGGCCUUAACGAAUUCUGGCGGAAGAUAUCAGUUUGAAAUGCUGGCUCACGAUAGCCGAUUCGUAGCAGUUGGUCUGUCCGAUGACAAUAAAAUGGGAGGCGACGGCGUUAUGGAAUGUGUUCACGAGGAAAGCAGCCGAGGUAGCAGUAUUAAUGCCUACAAAUCUUGGAACGUACCCAACCGGAAACAAAACAGAAGAGUGGAGGAUCUGUCCGGCGUCAAUCUGGACAGCGCUGCCAUCAUCGACGGUGCCAUUUACUGUAAAAUAUCCAUUGAUCCUAUGAUCAAGUUUGAAGAGAAAUCGUACGACUUGGACAGGGACGAGCACUUUGUAUUACUGGCCGCCGGAUCUGCGUUGAAACCAUUCAGCGUCGGUUACCACGAUGUUGCGUUCUCCAGCAGCGUGGAUAAAAAAAAAUUAAGUCAACUCAAAGCGGCCCGCGUUUACGAUCCGUUCUACGACGAUUGUGGCGAGACCAAGACGUGCUUUGGAUCGCCAGAAGGUUGUCUGACCACCCAAGACUGUGUUGCCGUGACAGCCGUCAAAGUGGAAGGGACGAGAUACAUGUUCGAAAUGAAAGCCAGGAAUGCCGCUUACGUUGCUGUCGGACUUUCGGACGAUCAAAAAAUGGGAGGUGACAGUGUCAUAGAAUGUGUUCACGAAAACGCCGGCACGAACCUAGUCAAGUCGUAUAUGUCGUGGAAUGUUCCAAAUCAGAAAAGCAACAAGCGAUUGACAGUGAGUGAAACAGCAACCAGUCAAAACGGAAUAACUUUGUUAAAUUCGUCGUACAUAGACGACACGAUAUACUGCAACGUUGCUCGUGAACCGGUGACUAAAGUCGAAGGGGUUACGUUCGACUUGAUCCGGACGAAAUACAACUUGUUACUCGCUGCCGGUACAUCGUUGAAAGAGCGCAGCGUCGGUUACCACGAUUUGGCUUUUACGUCGACGGCUGAAGCGAGUGCGUUGUCGGAAAUCAAAUCGCUCAGACCGUCUUCCAAGCUUCUGUUAAGGUUGCACGGUUCGUUCAUGGUGGCCGCUUGGAUUGGAGCGGCCAGCAUUGGUAUCGUCGUCGCCAGAUACUACAAACAGACGUGGGUCGGCUCGUCCUGUUGUGGCAAAGACUUGUGGUUUGGGUGGCAUCGGUUUUUGAUGAUGAUAACAUGGAUUCUGUCUUUGUCCGGAUCCGCAUGCAUAUUUCUGGAACUCGGCGAGUGGGUGUCUGGUCCCAGUCAAACUCACGCACUCUUAGGGGUGGCCACCACUAUAUUGGCGUUUUUCCAACCGAUUUUCGCCGCUUUCAGGCCACAUCCGGAUUCACCGAAGAGGCCGAUUUUCAACUGGAUCCAUUGGCUAGUCGGAAACGCUGCACACAUCCUCGCAAUCUUGACGAUAUUUUUCGCCGUCACUUUGAGCAAAGCCGAACUUCCAGCGUGGGUAGACUGGAUCUUAGUAGCGUACGUUGGCUUUUACGUGGUCAUUCAUUUAAUUCUAUCUAUUUCUGGUUGUUUAAGUGAAAAAUCCGGCAGUAUGCGUAUCAACACGUUCCCAAUGAAAGAUCUUCACAACGGAAGGAAUUCAAUGAGUUACGAACAACACAAGGACAAUCCCCAUUCCGGAUUCCGAAAAUUCUGGUUAUUCAUCCACGUUCUCUUCAUUGUGCUGAUAACCGCAGUUCUGGUGCUGAUCGUUUUCUUCGCUCCGAUUGAACCCAAACUGAAUACGUUUCGCGACCAAUUCAGUUGAAAAGCCACUCCUCGAGUUAAUGUAUUAAGUGUAUUAUAAUAUUAUUAUUUUUUGAUUACUUUUUUGUAUUAUUUAUUAAACCAAAACUAUUGAUUUUAU